CAACACUAGCCAAAAUGUCAUGGCCGCCUUCGCCAUUGCGACAUAUGUACCGUGACAAGUCAUGUCAUUUGUGUCCAUGAUAUAUGAAAAAUUCCAAUGGCAGAUUCUUUCUUCGGGUUCGAUACUUCGUUAUCGAACUUAAAUGAUGAUGAAGGAGGCGGGGAGCCCUCUGAAGAUGAAUACGAUGCACUUAACGACGAGACGUUCGGUCAAGGUUCUGACGAGUUCGACUGGGAGGUGGAACAUGAACAGCUGGCGGAACAGCUGGAGAGUAGCCGCAGACAUAACAGCGGCAUCGAUGACCUCGCCAACACACAGCUCGAGGCAUCGUUAUCCCAGCUAGUACUGGAUGAGACUGACGCGCCGCAGUCAAGGACCAUCGGGUCCAGUGUAUGGAAACAUGACCCUAUCUUCCCGAGCGCGCCUACACCUGUACAAGGACUUAAGAAUGUAUGCACAGUGGAGGAGCUGGAACGCCAGCUGCGGCAGAAGCAGGCCCAGCCUUCCUACAAUCAAAACUACUUCCAGCCAAGAUUUCCACCGGUGAUACUACAGAGGCCGCCUGGUCUACAGGCGCCCGUACCAUUACCAUUCGCACCACAACAACCAAUGUCCCACAACAUGAACCAAAUGAACCAACCACUCAGCAAACUCAUGAACCAAAUGGGACAAAACAACCAACUCAUGCAAAACCAUGUCAACCAACUCAACCAAGGCGUUACUCCAUUCAUGAACAACCAAAUGAGUAACCAAAUGAACAACCAAUUCCAAAAUAACCCGAUCGGUCCGGGAAAUAACCUUAUGAGUCAGUUGUCACAGAACCUAAAUGUUCACCAAAUGAGUAACAACCAGAUGAUGGGUCAAAAUGUAAAUCAAAUGAGUCAGAAUUUGAAUAUGGGACAAAUGGGUCAGAAUAUGAAUCAGAUGGGUCAGAGUAUGAACCAAAUGAGUCAGAUGGGUCAGAAUGUUAAUCAAAUGAGUCAAAACCAGAUGGGACAAUCUCAAAUGAGUCAAAACCAAAUGGGUCAGAACCAACUGAGUCAGAACCAGAUAGGUCAAAACCAAAUGAGUCAAAACCGUAUGGGCGAUAUGUCAUCAAUGUCACAGAAUAUGAAUCAAAUGGGCAACCAUUUGUCUAAUAACCAGAUGGGUCAGAGUCAUAGCCAGAUUAUGCCGAACGGUAACCAGUUUGGCAUGAACCAGUUUCAACAUAUGAUGGGUCAGCCAAGAAUGAUGGCACCACCGCCUGGCAUUAAUAUGCAGAGGCAAAACUUCAACUCAAAUAUGCCUCAGUUUAACACCAAUUUUCGUCCCUCAAUGCCAAACAAACCAGAACAACCAAUAGCCCAACAAAACAUGAUGAUGAACCAGCAAAUGCUAGUGAAAAACCAGCAGCAACCAUUAAACAACAUUAAAAACUCAACCAGCAACCAACUCAGUCAAAUAAACCAGCUCAACCACGUAAACCAACAGCAGCAACAAGCUAAAACAAUACAAAAACCAGUUCAGAAAGAUCAGAAAUUGCAAAAGAGUAGAGUCUACAACAAUUCCAAAAGUCAAAGUCAAGGUCAAGGUCAAAGUCAAAAUUUGACAUCACAAAAUUUGGUCCAGUUGAUACAAAAUACGCAUCCAAUGUUACAAUUUAAUAAUAGUUAUCACAAUGCAAAUCAUCAUCCGAUGUUGAAUAAUAGGAGCAAUGUGUUCACCAACUCACAAUUCAACCAUCCUAUGUUCAACCAAAGGGUUAACGGAGCUUAUAAUAAUAGACACACAGUCAACGGCGAUGAUGCCAGCGGCAGUGACACUGACGAGUACGCGGGUUUGAUGACCACGCGGGAGAAGCAAUGGCUGAUCAACAUCCAGAUGUUGCAGCUGAACACCGGCACUCCUUACAUUCAUGAUUUCUAUUACACGGUGUUCUUAGAGAGACAGGCCAGUAAAGAAAAGGAAGGCAUCAAGGAAGCUCACAAGGCGAACCAACAGAAUCAUCCAUUCUACAGUGGAGGCGUAAAACAAGAAACUCACACACAUCGGGAGCGUCACAACUCGAACCGUCACAACUCUACGAGCGAGGACAGCGCCACCCCGCGGACCUACGUGCCCACGCAGUUUGAGAACUCGCUCGGCAAGUUGCAGUGCGGCAGUGUGACGGCGCCGCGUAAGAUCAUCGACGUGGAGGUGGUGGGCGCCGACGCCGCGCCCUCCCGCGUCUCGCGCGCCUCCAGCGUCGCCAGCACCACGCAUCCCACUGAGGUUCCCAGAGAGAUGAAGAGGACAAAACAGUUACUGUUGGACAUUGAGGCACUUUACUUAAUAUUGUUACGGCUGGAGGAGUUGAACGACCCCCUAGCGAUAUCCAACGCGCUUAUAUUAAAGGAGAGAGAAGAGAAACAGAAGCAGUUGGAAGCAGCGCAGAAGGAAGAGAGUGAACAGCAAGAAGUUGCCAAUUUGUUCCUGAAGAACAUUGAGUCCGUGCAGCGAAGGCCUAAGCAGGACAGUCCUAAAAGCGAGAGUAUAGAUAAACGACAGGUGGUAAACCUAGCAGUGAAUCAGAAGCCGGCUCCCUCGAAGAACUUACUGGACGAAGAUAAGGAUGAGUUGGUGAACAAAAUGUUUGCCGGCUUACUGCAUAGUGACAGAAUACAGCAGAUGCUUACUGUUAGGAAAGGACGGACCUUGAUAUCCCGGUUCGUGGGUCGAGUCCCCGCGUCUCACGUCCGCCUGCGCUCCCUGUGGGGGAAGUUGCUCCGCGGCCUGCCCGCCGCCGCCCGCCGGGACCCCAACUACCUAGGGCCACUAGCCCCCCACUACCGCAAUUACAUACAGUCCACGUCAGGCUGGUCACCCAUCCUGGAGUCUUGCAGCUUGCUGGCUGAAGCCUUCGAUCCUGCGAGGACGCCCUACGCUCUGACUACACCUUUCACCUUAAGCUGCGUUUGCGCACUAAUGGAGAAAGCCGCCAUAUUAGUGAACACGCCCGAAGCGACAUCUAACGAGCGGCAAUGGUCGAAAUUCCUCAAAACGUUGGCCAGAGCGCUGAAAAACACAACCCUGAAUGUUGCCAGGCCUUUACAGCCAAUAUCAAGCAACAAAUUACUGCUUCAUAUGAAACAGUUAGAUUCUAGGAGCACUAUAGAAAUCCUACAGCGGGGUAAGACGGCUGAAUUCGCGGAUAUAUCGAAAUCUGAGGUCACAGAACAAUUGCUUAAACACCUAUGUUGAUAUUCAAUCGAUUUUUCAAACAUUUCGACAAUGUUUACAGACUAUAGUAUUUUCACGAAAAUACAGCUGAUCCAAGACGUAUUUCAGGAGUCUUAUAUGAAAAGACUUAGGUACUGGAUAAAGGAAGUGGAGUACUUCAGGUUUUUUUUUUAAUUUGAUUAUAUAUAAAAUCAAGAUGACGACCGUUGAUUGUAAAUAUAUCAAUAAUAACACAUUUAUUGUUUAAAUGCUUGUUUUUCAUUGUAUUUUUGUUGUUUUGUUAUAGUGGGUAUGCCUUAAUGUUCCUUUCUGUGUUUUCUUUUUAAAUAUCGACCGUUACACAGAUAAAAAAGAUGUCGAUUUGAGAGACAGAUUAAAAAUAUUAAAAAAUAAAAGCUGACUGCACGAAUGGCGCGGUGGCGGGCAACUGACUGCCGUGCAAAGUGUUGCGGGAUCGAUUCCCGCACAGAACUACUCUUUGUGUUGUUGCGGGUCUGGGUGUUGUGUGUAUGUGAAAGAAAUUGUAUGUUUUUAACUCACCCACGACAUAGGAGACAAUCCUUGUGUGUGGCAAAGUUUAUUAAAAAAAGUGUUUUUUUUUUUUCUAAAUUCUAAUUGUGAUUUUUUACGGAGUAUAUUAAUAAUAAGUUCCUAUAUAGAAUCAGCACCUAAGUUUACCCCCUUCAGGGAAAACGCCUGAUCUCACAAUAAAAAGCUUCAAAAGAAACAGAUUGGAACAUCUAGUGCAUAACUACAUAAAACUAUGAUGAAAUAAAUUGAUAAACUAAUUCUUUAUUUAGACGAAGAUCGAUUUGAAAUGUUUUUUAACAAACCAUGAGGGUCGAAUUCCCUGUAGAUCGCGACAAUUUUUUUUUUAAUUGAAAAUAACUUCUUAUUUGAGUUAACCGAUAAAAGUUCUAUACUACGGAAUUAUACCACGGCCUCAUAGAAAACCGGCAUGAAACAACCAGUGUUCUGUUUCGCCUUAUGAGCGAAGUUACUGGAGGUCCAAUCUUUUCCCUCCUCCAAACCCCUAAUCUCAGGCAACGCACUCGUAACUCUUCUGGUUUUGCGGGUGUCCAUGGGCGCUGAUUGCUUACCAUCAGGUAAUCCGUCUGCUCGUUUGCCGAUCCAUCACAUAAAACAUCGCUUCUCCGUCGAGUGGAUCUCUUACUCUAUUUACAAUAGGGAUGGUGACUAAAAAAAUAAUAAUUAGUCCAUCUUUUAAAACGCCAGAAAAUAGUUG